AACGUGAAAUGUUUUGAAAGUGCAAAUUGCAAAAGUGCAAUUUCCAAAUCUAUACCUUUUAAAGUUGAUAUUUUUUAAUAUUUUGAAUUAUAUUAACAAAAACUUACAGAGUAAAUGUUUUCAUUAUGAUUUGGAAAUAUUAUUUGGGAAGUUGCUCGUGCCAAAGGCGGUUUAUAUCAAGUACAACUAAAAUUAUUUUGAAAGAAAAUUUACCUUCAACCGCAUACAAACCUGAAAUAGUAGAAAAAGAUAAAUAUAACAAAUGGACACAAGAAAAGUUAUUUGAAGGGAAAUUAAAUGAUGAGAAACCAGUAUUUAGUAUGGUACUACCGCCGCCGAACGUGACCGGAAAACUUCAUUUAGGACAUGCACUAUCUAGUACCAUCCAAGAUGUGAUAGCAAGGAGACAGCGCUCUUUGGGGUAUAAUGUAAUGUGGCUGCCAGGCACUGAUCAUGCCGGUAUUGCAACACAGAGGGUAGUCGAAAAAUAUCUGAGUAGCAAUCAAAACAUAGACCGCCACACAAUAGGACGUGAAAAAUUCACACAUGAAGUUUGGAAAUGGAAGGAAAAACAUGGCAAUGCUAUUUGUGAUCAGCUAAAAAUGCUCGGCUACUCAUUAGACUGGUCGCGCGAAGUUUUUACUAUGGACGAAAAUCUAUCACACGCGGUGACAACUGCGUUCUUAAACCUAUUCCAGAAGGGUUUAAUUUAUAGGAAAAAAGGUCUAGUCAAUUGGUGUACGACGCUCAAAUCAACGGUAUCUGAUAUUGAGGUAGACAAUGUUGCGGUGACUGAAGUGACUGAUUUGAAGUUACCGACUUAUGCAAAGCCUGUGAAGUUUGGACAGAUAUACAAUUUCGCAUAUAAAGUGUAUGAUAGUGAUCAAGAAGUAGUAGUGUCGACGACAAUACCUGAAUCUAUGUUGGGAGAUUCUGCUGUGGCUGUGCAUCCUGAAGAUAAUAGGUACAAGCAUCUUAAGGGUAAAAAUUUAGUCCACCCAUUUAGAGAAACUUUGAUACCUAUAAUUUUCGAUGACUUUGUUGAUAUGAAUUUCGGUACUGGCGCUGUAAAAAUAACACCUGCACAUAGUAAAAUAGAUUACGACAUUGCCAAACGACACAACUUACCUCUAUUGCAAGUAAUAAAUGAAGAUGGUGUUAUGGAAAACUCUGGAAAGUUUAAUUCUAUGAGAAAGUAUGAUUGCCGCGAAGUUUUGAUAAAGGAACUCGAUGAUUUAGGACUUCUAAGAGCUAUAAAUCCUCAUCAAAUGACAUUACCUAUAUGCAGUCGAACUGGCGAUGUUAUUGAAUAUUUGCCCAAAGAACAAUGGUUUCUAUCCUGUACGUUAUUAAACGAAAGAGCUGCACAAGUAGUAGAAGAAGGGCAUUUGAAAAUUGACCCAGAAAAGUACAAAUCCCAAUGGGAACAUUGGACAAAUGACUGCAGAGAUUGGUGUAUAUCAAGACAGUUGUGGUGGGGACACCAAAUACCCGCGUAUAAAUGUAGCGUGGGUAAAGAAUUUGUCUGGAUAGCCGCGACAAACGAAACCACAGCUAAAGUAGAAGCCUCGAAGUUUUUGAGAACUGUACCUGACGAUAUUACAGUUAAUAGAGACUCCGAUGUGCUAGAUACCUGGUUUUCCUCGGGUAUUUAUCCAUUCGCCGCAUUGGGUUGGCCCGAACACCAAAAGAGCCAAGAUUACAAAAAGUUCUACCCUUUAAAUCUAAUGGUUACUGGAAAUGACAUACUCGGUUUUUGGGUGCAUAGGAUGGUCAUGUUAGGUUUGGAAUUAACUGACAAAUUGCCCUUUAACAAUGUUCUGUUACACGGAGUCAUCUGCGAUAGUAAAGGAGCGAAAAUGUCAAAGAGCAGAGGCAAUGUUAUCGACCCAAUUGAUGUCAUAAAUGGCAUAUCUCUGGAUAAACUUAAGGAUAAAGCUGUACAAAUGCACAAAGACGGUGCUAUUACCAAAGAAGAACUUAAAAGGGCACUAUCAUAUCAUAAAUCUAAUUUUUACAACACAAAAGGUAUCCCUGAGUGUGGAGUUGAUGCCCUACGCUUUACGUUACUCUCCCAAGACGUGAAAUCGAAUUUCAUUACGUUCGACGUCCAUCAAUGUUUUGCGAACAAAUUGUUUUGCAACAAAAUCUGGCAAAGUAUUAAAUACAUGCAGUUAUCGUUCGCGAAGCUCAAAGAAAUUGACGAAGAAAUUACGCACGAUGAUUUAACGUAUUUUGAUAAGUGGAUUCUUAGUAGAUUGUCUGAAAUGGUUGAGAAAGUAAAUAGUUCGAUGGACACAAAUGAGUUUCAUACAGCAACUAAAGCGUUGAGAACAUUUAUUUAUAACGAAUUCUGCGAUGUUUAUUUGGAAGCUACGAAACCUGGUUUCGAUAAUGGCAAUCCUAAGACUGGAUACGGACACGCACAUACCCUAUCAGCAGUUUUGAAUUGUUCGCUAAGAUCUUUAUCGCCUUUUAUGAUAUAUUUGACCCACGAAAUUAUUCCAAAAAUACCCGCAUUUGAAACAAAUAUAAUCCACAAUUAUAACGACCUCGAUAAAGAUUAUUUUGACUUUCCACAAACAGCAGAUUAUAAAUCGUGGAAAAAUGAAGAGUUAGAAAAACAAGUUGAAAAUCUACUAGACACUAUUAGUAUAGUGCGAGAACUCAGAGGUUUUUACGGAAUAUCAAAUAAAGAAAGACCAACAAUUGUAAUAAGAAGUAAAAAUAAUAAAUUGAUGGACGAUAUAAUGCAUAAUUUAAAGAUCGUUUUAAAUCUGACCAAAUGCAGUGAUGUUAAGUUUGACAAAGACAGUGAAAAAAAAUACAUUAGUUCUAUAUUAGAUACUAAAACGGAGGUAUUCGUCGAAAUUCCGGGAAACGAUGCGGAUAGUUUAAUUGAAGCUGCUAAAAGUAAGUUAGAAAAGCGAAUAAAGAAAAUGAAAGAAAACGUAGAAAAGUACGAAGAACAACUUUCAAGUUAUAAUUAUAUUACAUCUGUACCGGAAUGUUCGCAACUACAAGACUUCGAAAAACUUAAAUCGCAGAAACAAGAAUUGAAAAGGUUAGAAAGACUGAUUUAGUUUUUAAUGAAUUAAUUGUUAAUAUAAUGUGUUGUAGUAUAUAUAGGAAAUGUAAAGAAUGUUAAUAAAUCAAAUUAUUUGUUAA